AUGGAUUUAGACAAAUUCAUUAGUGACAUCCGUGAGCGUAAACAGAUUGCAGAAUCCGACUUUGUCAGUCUUCUUAGACUUGCACGCGAUAUUUUUUAUCAGGAAGGCACAGUUAUUAACCUUUCAUCUCCAAUUUCUGUCUGUGGUGAUGUCCACGGCCAGUUCGAGGAUGUAAUCGAACUGUUCGAUGUUGGCGGUCUCCCACCGGACACAAAAUACUUAUUCCUUGGCGAUUAUGUUGAUCGUGGCUACUAUUCAAUCGACACACUUGCUCUCCUUCUUGCUUACAAGGUUAAAUACCCAACAAGAUUUUUCAUGCUUCGCGGCAACCACGAGUGCCGCCAGGUAAAUAACGCUUACGGCUUUUAUGAAGAAAUUUUAUCUCGAUUUGGCUUCGCUUCACUUUGGCAACUCUGCAACGAUAUUUUCAAUUUCCUCCCAAUUGGUGCUACCAUCGACGGCAAAAUCUUCUGCGUCCAUGGUGGUCUCUCUCCAAAGGUCAGAAUCAUCGAACAAUUAGCUCUUGCUGAACGCCGUGUUGAGCCAGAGAAUGGUACAGAAAUCUCCGACAUCCUCUGGUCUGAUCCAGAAGAUCAGGAAGGCUGGGGAAUGAACCAGCGUGGUGCCGGCUACUUAUUCGGUAUAAAUCCAACAAAGGAAUUCUGCUUCAACAACAAGUUAGAGCUUGUUGCUCGCGCCCACCAGCUCGCUAACGAAGGUUAUCAAUGGCAUCAUGACAGAAAGCUUGUUACAGUUUGGUCCGCUCCAAACUACAUGUACCGCUCUAAUAAUAAGGCCUCUAUUAUGGAGGUCUCUGCAGAUAGAGAUUUGAACUUCAAGAUUUUCGAUGCAGUUCCAGCUGAAAAGAGACUCACCCCAACAGAUAGAAUUACACCACCAGGCGCUUUCGGUUACUUUGCAUAA